AUGCCCUCCAAGAACAAUCAGAAUGAUGAUGAUUCAGAUCCGGAGCUCCUGGAUGCCUCCGGAGAAGGAGUGAUUGCAUUGAAUACCUCGCCCACCGGCUGGAAGCGCUUUGUCAGGCCAUUGGCGAAUUGCAUUGCUUGCGGCGAUGUUGAGACGGAGAUGAGUGGAUUGAAAAGGAACAUCCGCUCGAAGAGCAAAAGCCUCGAAGCUUGCAGGCACAAGCUUCGCGAGAGGGAUUCUCACGCGACGCUGGUGGAGGAACAGCUGGAAAAGACCAUGCAGGAGCUGAGCUCUGUGAAAGAAGAACUGGAGAUGGAGCGGCGGAGGACAUCCAGUAUGUCAUCCAUGCUCCUGUCUGAUUCGGUCAGCCAGCAGAAGUUGCAGGAGCAGGUGAAGCUUGCCGAGGAGCAGCUGAGGGAUGCGCAGCAGGAAAUCGGCAGAUUGUCUUCGAGCUUACAAAACGAAAAGUCCGAGCGCCAGAACUUGGCGGAGGCACUCCAAGUGAAGUCCUCAGAAGCAGAGGUUUGCUCGGAGCGAUUGGAAAGCACGAGAGGGGAGCUGAAGCGCUGCUCAGAUGAACUACAGGAUCUUCGGCGUAGUCUGGAAGAUUCCAACCAAACUUCCACUCGGCUACACGGCGAGCUUCAAGAGCACAGCCAGCAGAAUGCCAAUCUGAAAGAGAGAUUGCAGCAAAGAGAGGUUGAGUUGAAAGAAUGCGAGUCUCAAGUGCACGAGGUCUCGUCUGAACUCAGCCAGACUAGCCGCAAGCUGACUCAAACGGAAAGCGAGCGUCAGGUAAUUGAGAGAAGACUUGCAGAGACGAAAGCUCAGCUUGACCAGUACGAGGACAGAUUGACAUCCCUUUCGGCCUCCCUGGAGGCUGCACAACGAGAAACCGCCUCGCGGUCCAAGCGAAUGGAAUUGACUUCCAUGGCUGCCGAGGAUUUCAAGGGCCACCUGCAGAUCUCCAAGGCGCGAGUGCGACACCUGGAGGAGCAGGCACAAAAAACGGCCGCACUCCUGGAGACGAAGCAUUUAGAGCAGCAGCGCCUGAAAGAGCAAGCAGCGGCAGCAGAGGAGCAAGUUGAGGCCUGUCAGGGCAAGCUCGCAUCACUGACGUCUUGCCUGGACCAGGAGCAGUCGCAAAGCGCGGCCUUGCGUCAAGAGUUGCAGAAUCGAGACCAGCAGAUCGAAGAUCUGGUCACAAGAGCAAGCUCUGCAAAUACGGAGGUGGAGUGCUUGGCAGAAGCGAAGGGUUCGCUGACGAAAGCUCUGAAGGCUCAGGAAGAUCAGGUGGAGUGCUUGACUGAAGAGAAGGGUUCGCUGGUUAGAUCUCUGAAGGCUCAGGAAGAGGAGAACGAAGAGCUCAAGUCUCAAAUUAGUGCAAUGAGCCAGCAGGUCUCGAACUACGAGCGUCGGGUUACGGAGCUCUGCGAGACGCUGUCGGAGACGCGGGUCGAGAACGCUCAGAUGGCCUUGGGCCUGGAGAGACGGGCUAUGGAGGCCGAGGAGUUCAUGGGAAGGAUUCGGGAGGAGAGGAGGCAGGUCGCCGACUUUGAACAGAGUCUCCGUUCCAUCCGCGAGUCCUUGCACCGAAGUCUCACGGACAAGGAUGAUUUGACCGUGGAGCUGGAGAGAACGUGUCUCGAGCGCGAGGACCUCACGCAGCAACUGCUGCGGGCACAACAGAAGCUCGUGCAGCUCGAGGAAGAGAUCGGCAACUCCUUCCUUAAAGCGGCCGAAGACUCCAAGCAAGUCCGCGAGAGCUCAGCACAGGAAAUAUGCCAGUGGCAGAUCACUGCCGAGAUGGCAUAUCGGCAAACAACGGAAAUAGCUCUCCAGCUGGAUAACUGGAGGUCUCAGUACAGUAGCCUUUUGAAGGCGUUGCAGGAAAAGCAGGUGGCCAUCGAGAAGUUGAACGGUGAGCUGGAUGAUGCGAAGAAGCGCCUGGCAGAGGUGGCCAUCGUUGACGAUGCGGAAAUGGCGACUUUGAAGGAGCAGCUCACACAAGCCAAUGCAAGACUCAAUGCCUUGACUGCCGCGGUCGACCUGAAAGACACAGAAAUGCAAUCAGUUUCGCGGGAGCUCAUGAGGAAGGGCAUGCAGGCCGAAGAUUAUCUGGGCCAGGUGACAAACAUGAAGGACCGCCUCGUGCAGUCUGAGAUUGACCUGAGCCGAUAUUCCUCGGAGCUCACAGUCGCACGCAUGGAGAAGGAUUCGUUGGCAACCAGCUUGGAGAGAAGUGGAGAACAUGCUAAAGCACUGACUGGAGAAAUGCAAAGCAUGAAGACGCAGCUUCAAAAGUGCGAACAGGAGACGUCCAUAUUAGACCGAUGCCUCGAAGAUCGGCAGCUUCAGAAUGAUCUGCUCUCUCGCCAGCUCUCCACGAAGGACUCGAGGAUCGAAGAUCUGAGUUGCGAGCUCACCGCUCUUCGUAUCCAGCGGCAGGACAGCGAAAGGGAAGCCACACAGUCACUCGAGGUGAUGCGCUCAACCUUACAAGAGCAGCUGCAUCAAAACGAGCUGCUGUCAGCUGAGCUGACCAGGAAACGAAUGGAUUACCAGGCAACAUCGGCCGAAAGCAGAAGCUUGCGCGACGAGCUAACGGCGGCCCUGGAAGCCAAGAGCAAUGCCAGCUGCCAGCUGGAGGGCCUGAAAGAGCUGGCCAAGCAGCUGCAGGAAGAGCUGCGCUGCUCGCAGCAGAAGCACGUGACGAUGGUCGAAGAGCUGGACAGCAUGACCAACUCGAAUGCGCAUCUCCAAGCCAAAGCAUCGAAACUGGCACAGGUUUGCAAACAACAAGCAAACGAGAAGGAAGCACUCUCGAACGAGCUUCGAAGCACUGUAGGCAGCGUCCAGCACCUGCAAUCGCAGCUGGCGAAGUACAGACAGCACCUCAAGGAGAACCAAUCCAAGAUAGAUUCAUUGACUAGAAGCUUGAAGCGGGAGGUGCAGAAGAAGGACGAGGCGGCAACACGAUGCGCUGAACUGCUCUGCUCACAUCCUUCUAUGUGUAUUGAAGCCUGGAUUGGCAGAGUACGCACUUUCCGCGACACGGACUCCUGGCAGCUGGUCGCGGGAAGUGGCUACGAGGAGCGUGUCAUCUUAAAGGGCGGUGAGACAUCGGGAAAAGUGCCAGCGAUAUCUGGAGAGACCCCCUGCAUCAUCAUCAAUGCCGCGAGAGGGCGCAAGGACCGGAAAGACGAUGACAAGGUUCCGGUGAGGGUCUACAAUGCAAAGAAGCCUGGAGCGGUGGCGGUGCAGAAAGCAGCGCCGCACAUGGAGGUGCAGAUAAGUCAAGUCACAGUCUUUGACAAAAUGCGCCGUUUGUUCUCAAAGAACAAGUUGGUUUACGACCAGAACUUUGGGAUAGUUCGUCCAUAUCCCGACUACGCUUCUACUUCUUGUUCUUCCGAGGCCUCGUUUGAUUGA